AAUGGCUUCUUCUUCUUCCUCACUUUCUUCUUCUUUUCCUUCUCAAUUUCUCAGCCCGCCACUUCGCAACAACUCUCCAUCUUCUCGUUGCUUCACCGUCACAAAUCCAAAAAGAAAAGCAUCACCGCCAAAACUACUCUGCGCCAAACAACCUUCUUCUCCAUUAGAACCCCAUAAGGUUCCUUUGCCGCCUCAAUCUGCUGUGGUUCGUAAAUUCUACUCCUCUAUAAAUGGGAAAGAGUUGAACAGUCUAGAGAAGCUCUUGUCCAAGGACUGUAUCUUUCAGGACUUGGUUUACUCAAGGCCCUUCAAGGGAAAGAGUAUAAGCCAUUACUUGAAGGAUCUCACACGAGCAAUGGGGAAGAAUGUGAGGUUUGUCAUAGAUGGAGUCUACGAGGGUCAAGAACUAACAGCAGCAGUAGUCUGGCACCUCGAGUGGAAGAACCAGCCCAUUCCCUUAACCAAAGGCUGCAGUUUCUUCAAAUGUUCCGGAGAUGGCGAGCAGCAGCUCAUCAAGGAAGCUCAUGUGUUCAUCGAGUCGCCGUUGAAACUAGGCGAUUUUGCGUUGGGGAUGCUAAAGAUCACAGUCAUUCUGUUCGAUUUCCUUCCGAAGGUGACACAAAGGUUUUUGCAGAAGCCUGAAGUGGUGCUUCAUUUCGUGGGGAUGAUGUACAGAGUGUUUUUGCGCCCCAUGAUGCUGCCGCUGUUGGCGUAUUACGCAAAUCUGUGGCUUCGCACUGAGGGCCUUCAAGCGACGGUGCUUAAGAUGAUUGGCGGCGCCAAGAAGAAAAUUAUUGAUUUCAUAUUUGUGAAAAUAGUCAUGUUCAUUUGCUCGAAAGGAAAAUAACAAUUUUAUCUCAUAUAUUUUUUUUAAUCACAAAUUGA